ACCAAGAACCUGGACUUCCGCAGGAAGUGGGACAAAGAUGAAUAUGAGAAACUCGCAGAGAAGAGGCUCACGGAGGAGAGGGAGAAGAAAGAUGGCAAACCAGCUCAGCCUGUCAAAAGGGAACUCCUGCGGCACCGAGACUACAAAGUGGACCUGGAAUCCAAGCUGGGAAAAACCAUUGUCAUCACCAAAACCACCCCUCAGUCAGAGAUGGGAGGAUACUACUGUAAUGUAUGUGACUGUGUGGUGAAAGAUUCCAUUAACUUCUUGGAUCACAUCAAUGGCAAAAAACACCAGAGGAAUCUGGGCAUGUCCAUGCGGGUGGAGCGUUCGACACUGGACCAGGUGAAGAAACGCUUUGAGGUGAACAAGAAGAAGAUGGAAGAGAAGCAGAAGGACUAUGACUUUGAGGAGAGGAUGAAAGAACUCCGUGAGGAGGAAGAGAAGGCCAAAGCCUACAAGAAGGAGAAGCAGAGAGAGAAGAAGAGGCGGGCAGAGGAGGAUCUGACCUUCGAAGAGGAUGAUGAGAUGGCAGCUGUGAUGGGUUUCUCUGGGUUUGGCUCAACCAAAAAGAAUCACUGAACAGCUCUGGACUCUCCUCUUACUCCAAACAGCUUGUUUUUACCCAGGGAACUCUGGAUAACUCUUCAAAGACUUGAUUGAGGACUUGUAUGUAAAUCUCCCAGCACAAGUUGGCUGGAGGAGUCGAAAAGCGAUUCCAUGCUCUACCUGUGCUGCAGAACAAGCUCCACCUCCCAUUAGCUUCCCAUCUCCUUCUGUGUCCUAGAUCUGACCGUGUGUAGACAGGGAAGUGCUCUGCUGGGUCCCUUUCUGUGUCAAUAAAGUGCAGCCAUUCUGCACAGGUGGCCUAGUUCAGGAUUAAUCUAGUUGUUCCAGGCCCUAGUUGUCACCUGGGCUGUGUUUGAGACACAGGGAGGGGUUGGGUUGGGUUUAGGAUCACAGUGGAAGGAAAUGUGCUGCAGGGAGUGGUGUGAG